CAUGUGACCGUACAACACAUCAAAAUGGCGACGAAACAAGUGGUUGGAUAUUUUCUUUUAAUUUUCGUUCAUUUUGCAAGAGCGAGUCAGCUAGGCUUCCCAGAUGAUGCAUCAUCAUGCAAAGAAGUUUGCAAAAAUGCUUAUUCACCGCAUACUUAUGAAAAGAGUACAAGUGAGGAAUCAUGUGACCGUGGUUGUAGAUGGUUUUCAAUGAUGGAAUUCCUCUGUGAUGAUGUCAACAAAACAAUCAAAGUUUGUCAAUCAUCUUGUAAAGAUGCCUUCGCAGAUAAUGAUGAUUUUGAAGCAUGCAAACUGGGAUGUAUUAGUCAAAAACCAUUUAGCUUGGAUUCCAUUCUUAAGGAUGACCCAUGGGAGCAGCAGAUCCAUUUUAUGCAUCCAAUGACAUAUAUGCACCAAUGGUAUAGUAAUGUAUUUAACAAUAUCAUGAAUCAAGCGUCUGUUAGCUGGACCAUGUACAUGAAGGACAAUGAUGGUAGUGUUGUUGUUGUUAAAUCACCAAAACAGUUCAAAGUGUAUGAGCUAAGAGGUGACGACAGUAACGAUGAAUACAACACAGCCAGUUCACUGGAGACAAACCUUGAACCGAUGGACUUGUCCGCUACUCCAAAUAUCAAAAAUUCCCCCUACCAAUCUCAUGAUGAUGACCUCAUUGACCUUUCUGUCCGUGACCUUGAAGAUUACAAAAACAAAAGGCGUUUACAAGAGGAGGCGAAUGAUUGGUUGUCAUGUAUAUCUAAGAAGACAGGGUUACCAAGGCUGGUUCUAAGCUGGCUAUUAUUGAUGUGUGCAAUAGUAAUGAUCUGGUUAUGUCUAUCAGCUGCAGUAACCUCCCCUGAACAGAAAGUCUACACUGAACCACAGAAGCUGAGUAUUAAUGGGGAUCAAGAAAUCAUUGCAGAAAUGCUAGCUCGGGGAAUAAAACCAUCAUACCCUAAAGACCAGAAGAAUGCUCUAGAGUCUCUACCAAUUAAGAUCAGUGUUCACAGAAUAUAAAUCCACUUGUUACGAUAAUUACUGUCUGAAAUAGUCAUUCAACUUUCAUUUUGUAGAUACUAUUUGACUUGGAUUGUGUUGAAGAAAUUUAUUUAUUAAUGAUGAUUAAAUAGAAUGGUUAAGUUGUUGAUUGCAGGCUUUUAGUGUGUUGACAUGUUUUGACCUUAGUAUUUUUAUUAACCUGUAAAGUAAAUAACUACAGUAACUAUUAUGAGAGAAACCCACAACUAGUUAAAACCUGUAUAGUUAUUUAAAGUAAAAUCUUUAGAUUUUGUUUAGGAGAAAAAAAUUUACCUACUGAGGCGGACAUUGAUUUUCGUGAUUAAAAUUCUAUUUAAUUUGAUUUUGAAGCAUUUACAAAAUGAAAGUGGAAAGAAAGACUGAGUGAAUUGAUUUGAAAUCCAGUAUGAUGUGUACACACGGUCAUAUCUUGUAAUAGGGAAAAUUAUUUUCAUAACCAUGGUUUCAUUGCUUCUGGCUAUAUUAUACAUUAAUACUUAAAUUAUACCAGUUAAUUUUAUUAUCACUUGGGAUAAUUGUCAGUAAUGAGUUUGUUAAUCAUUUAUUUAUGUAACGUUUUAUUAUGUAUUAAUGACAUUCAAUAACAUAAUUGUCAAGAAUGUACAUGAUUGGCUGAUUUUGAAUGAAAAGAGGAAGUGACUUUUGUCAACUGUUGUUAUGACCUUAAGAGUUACUUCCCUUAAGUGUAAGUAAAUUUUGUAAAAGACAGGUCAUUCUGUUUAUGUUAUGAUAACUAUAUUCAUGUGGGAUAAACAUGUUUGGAAAACUAUUUUUAAGCACUUUAUGGUCUUUAAAUGGGUUGUUACCUUUAACAAUUAAGUUAUGAUAUUAGUGUAUAUGUGUAUAUAGAAUGGGGGAUCAUACCAUGCAUUUGCAUGUGAAUGAAAGUUUCAUUGAAAUAAGUGUCAGUAAAAAUUACAAGAAAUAUUAAACAAGUCUUAGAUUUAUUGAUAUUUUGUUUCCCUAGUUUAAAAAUAAUAGAGGGAUUUUAACCCAGUAAAAUUGGUGAGUCAUUAUUACUUGUUAAAUGAUAUUACACUAUCAUGCAAUGGUAAUGCAUUGUAUUUAUAGUAGAGUUAAUACAGUACCAUUUUAAAUUGAAUUGAUAUAUAUUUACUAUAGGAAACAAUAGUAUGGUAUGCAUUAGGUCAUUAAAUUUUUACUUGAGUGUAAACUAUAUUUUGUUGUUAACAGUAGUAUUCGGUGUUGUUAUUUGCAUGGUGUGUAAAUAUAUGAAGAAAGAGAGAAUGACUGAUCAAGCACAAUAUUUAAGAGGAGGAUGUGAUGUGUUAUACAAGUUUUGCUUUUUGUGUUUGUGAUAAAUUUAGAUAUUUUUGGAGCAGAAAUACAUUUUUAAAAGUAACAAGGCAUCACUCCUGGUUAAAUGAGCAAUUAGUAUGAAAAUGUGUUGACUUUAUUGGUAUAGAAACUGUAUAGUCUUGGAUUUUCUUGUUGAAUUGAGAGAUUUCGGCACAAGUUCGCAUGAUUGUGUAACAUAUUAUGUUGUGCACAGGAUUGUUAACAUAAUGUGUUAUGCUCACGAUUGUGUAACAUUUUGUGUUAUGUACAUGAUUGUUAACAUGUUGUGUUAUGCACAUUGUUGUGUAACAUUUUGUGUUAUGUACAUGAUUGUGUAACAUAUUGUGUUAUGCACAUGAUUGUGUAACAUUUUAUGCUAAUUUGUGUAACCAGGAGUGAAUGUAAAGUCUUGUAGACCUAGUAGAUUUUCUCAACAUUCUUUCUUGGUUUUACUUGUACUUUUUCAGAUGUACUUCACUGUGUGGAACAGAAGAUUUUAUUAAAUAAGUUACAAUGUAAUAUUUUGUAGAUACCUGUAAACCCAACACUCUGAAAUGUUGUGUAGAAGGUGUAUUUUAAGGUUAUAUUUUAAAGUCUAUUUUAAAGCAUACUAUGUUUAACAUGCUUAAGGUAAAAUACACCUAUACCACUAGGCUAGCCUUCAAAUCAAUUCAAUUUGACCAGACUCCAUAAUGAUGGUUACUUGAAAUUACUAUUUUUAGCACUUUUAUACUAUUUAAAGUUCGACACAAUCUAGUAUAUAUUAUACAAGUAUUAGCACGGUAAGGAUAAGUCUUCUGUUAACAACAGACAUGCUAAUAUUUUGUAUGUUAUUUGUGGAGCAGAGUGCUUUAGUGAUCGGUAUGCAGUUCAGAUGAAAAAUAUGGAUUUCAAACUUAUAGACUUAUUGCAUUCCAGGAAAAUACAAUGUUAACUGGUUUCUUUUUACCUACAUACUAUGGUAGCUGAUUUGGUACUUUGCGCGUUGUAUUGUCAAUAGCCACAACAUAACCUAUAUUGUUAUUGCCUUUUUGCCUUGUCGCUAGCGAUACACGCCAAAGGGAAUUCUGUUGUCUUGGAUCCUGUCUCUAGCGAAGCACACCAAAUGGCGCGUUGUCGUGCAGCGCAAUGUCACCCUGUCACUUGGGUUAUAAGCCAUUCCUUCGAUUUGAGCCGUGCGACAAAGUGACAUCACGACAACACGCCACAAGACAACACACCGUUUAGCGUGCAUCGCUAGCGACAAGAGAUAAGUUAGACAAGGCGCCGUUUGGCGCUUUGUUGUGCUGUCGCUAGCGACAACUCGAUGCACAAAAGCAUUCCAAAUCAACCACCAAAACAUACAUCUUAUGCAUUGACAAGACAUAAACAAAAAUAAGAUUUAGUGAAAGACACGGGAAGAAUGUUGAGAAUCCUUGUAAAUGUUUAUAAAUAUAUAUAUAAAAAAGCAACAUCGUGUUUCAGGCGUCAACACACACAAGUUCUGCCCAUUGCGGGAAAACGGGGUAUAUUCUUACAUAGUUACUUAUCUGUACAGUUUAAAUAUUUAAUAUUGUGUCGUUAAAAGUUCACUUAUUGGUGCAAAUGGGAGGUCAUGAAAUACAAAUUAUUUUACUUCUUGCAUCUCGGCAUUGAUGAGUUACAAAUUUUAGAAGCUUAUAAUGUGAAUGUGUUUGUGAAGAAUUGAAAGUGUGCUGUUAUUUUUUUGAUACUGAAUUUAUUUAUUUCUUAUAUUUACUUUGGUAUUGACUUAUUUUCUAUAAAUGAAUGUAUUUUUUUUGAAAUAGUAAAUGCAUUGUUGGUCAUUGUUUAAUAUGCAUUUUGAUAAUGUAAGUAAUCGAAUGUGACAGCGUUGUUUUUGGGGGUAUUUUUUUUUAACGAAUAGGAUAAUGUACUUGUUAGGUAUAUGAUCUACAUACCGUCAGUAAAAUGAUACAUUUUCAAGAAGUAUAAUAAUGUCACUUCAAAUAUUUUUGUUAAUAAAAAGAUGUACAAAUGCAAAUUGUGAUAUUGUGUACUGUGCUGUAGUGAAAUUGUUGUUGUUGUAAAACAGGUGUUACAUUCAUAAAUAGUCUUUAGUGUUUUUUUUGUUUUGGGUGAUCAGGUAUUCAGAGUUUCAAUGAUAUUUUUAUCUAUAAUUUUUAGCAGUAAUUGUUUCAAAUUGUGUCACCCAAAUUGAUUGCAAUUUCCUUGUUUGAAAUAAGUUUGAGUGGCUAGUUUUGUGUGUAAAAAUUCACUAUUUGACUUUGAAAACUUAUAUAUGAUACACAAAUAAGACAUGAUAUAUUAACAUUUAUAAUAAGUCAAAAUUCAUACAAAUUUUAGUUGUUUAUAAAAUAUUUGAGCCGCGUCACGACAAAACCAACAUAAUGGGUUUGCGACCAGCAUGGAUCCAGACCAGCCUGCGCAUCCGCGCAGUCUGAUCAGGAUGCUUACCAACCUUAUUACAAGUAGAGAAACUGAUAGCGAACAGCAUGGAUUCUGAUCAGACUGCGCAGGCAUAACGUUGGUUUUGUCGUGUCGCGGCUCAUUUGCCAGCUUAGCUCAAUAGGGAGAGCAUUGUACUUGUAAUCGCUCCUCUGCAUGUCAAAAUUUCUCUGCAACAAUCGGUCUUGAACCUUGAGUUGUACAUAUGUAUGUUAAUGAUGAUUUUAAAAUCAUGUGGGAUUAGCUGUCAGUAACUUGAUGAGAAAUUGGUAAUUAUUGGUUAGUUAUCUAGGAAAGCCGGUUAGACGGAUCAACUGCCAAGAUUUGACCAGUGUAUUAAUAUAAAUCGGAAUAAAAAUCAAACAUGUACAAUUAUUUCAUGACUGAUUAUGAAAAUAACACUUGAUAGAUGAUUUUUGAUAAAUGCUGUACAUAUAUAUAGAUGAUGUGACAGUGAUGGCUGUAAAUAUAUACAAUUUGUUUUCAUGUUUUAUUAUAUUUCAUGCAUUUACGUCACAAUUUUUUGUGUUUUUGUGAUAACAUGCUACAAAUGAAGAAUCAUUAUUCAACCAUAAAAAAAAAAAGAGUUUCUAACCCAUCUUGGAAUAAAAUUGUUUUAUAAACAGAUACUACUGAUUUUCCAUGAAUAUAUUAUUAUGUAGAAUUUAUUUACAUGUGCAAAGUUUUUUUGUGGUUUUCAUUUCAUUCAUAUAAUCAACAUGAAUUGUGGUAAAUUUUAACAUUAUUCAGUGGUUCUGAAAUUAUCUGAAAGUAAUUUUGGAUUUUAUGAUGUAAAUUUUAUAGAUUUUUUGUUUGUUAAAGAUGUAUACUGUAAUACCAUUAUUUGAGACUGUGUGCUAAGACAUGCACAACUUGCCCCUCACCGCUGUGGGUUUGAAUCCCAACAUGGGCCGACAGGGACUUUGGAUACUUUCUAGCUUAAGCUAAACGUUGAUGAAUCUACUUAGGUGCCAUUUCGUGCCUGAAAUAAUGCACUGAAGGGCACCUGAGGUCUUCCUCCACCAGUAAAGCUGGAACAUCGCCAUAUGACCUAUACUGUGUUGGUGUGACGUAAAACCCAAUCAAACAAACAGACAUGCAAGUUUCAUCACAAUGUUUCAUAAACUGAAUAUUGAUAAAAUUUCAUAUUUAAAGAAACAUGUCUUUAUCAAUUAGGAUAUUUUGAAAAUACAAAAGUAGUCCCCAUUGCAAAAAAAUACUCUUUUGAAGAUUGACUUACUGGGUAUAAUAAAAAACACUUGAUCACUGUUGAUAAUUACUUACAGCAGUUAGAGCUUAAAAAGUAAUUCAAAAUGAGGAGAACAUAUUUGUUAAAGUUUUUUUUUUUUUUAUUUCUUCUCUUUGUUAUGCAAACAGAUGUUUCUUGGUUAUGUUUUGUGAGAAUCUCAGUUUUGAUAAGUUUCUGUUAGUAUCUAGUGGAACUAUUAUUAACUUUGUUCCAAUGUUAGAUAUUAUGAUAUACACUAGAUGUAGUGAUCUAGAAUUCAAAGCAUAAUUAAUUAAAUUGAUGUAAACUGAUCGAUUAAAACAAAAUCUGGAAAGGUGUAAAUUUUGCCCCUUGUAGGGAACAUACCUUUACUGUUGUUAUGUUUGUAAUAUUUAAAGCAGCAUGCCCACAGAUUUUAUGAAAAUUGUAAAAAUUGUUGCAAAAAUGACAUGUGCUUUAACAUAGCGUAUGAUGUCAAGUUUUCACAAGUUUUUAUUGUGUUAUAAAAUGCACAAAAAGUUCAUACCUCAUUAGUAACAGAGUAAAUAUGAUGACAAAAGUAAUAAUUUCAAAUUUCACAUAUACAUGUAUAUUCCAUUUAAUUUUGAGAAUUCCGGUAUUUGAAAUUCUAAAAUUUGAUGUUUUGAAUUUUUUGUGCUCAUUUAGAGUCUGGAGGCAUGCUGCUUUAAGAUUAUAAACCCCUUACUCAAGUCUUUAGUUUAGACAAGAUAUUUCAAAACCUCUUAUUUCAUUGUUUUCUUUUUUUAUUUUCAUCAUGUUUACAAUUGGGAAUCAAUAAAGAAAAUUGGGUUA